CAAUAUCAAUGGAGAGUACACCACCCGGCACCACCACCCAGCAUUUGGUUUUUGGUGCUCUCCUCCAGGCCUUGCUCGCCUUUUCGCCCUUUUUUUCUGCCAAUCUAAGACCUUUCCGGUACUGUCUUUGGGCCAUACCCCUCUUGAGUGGUCGGCUGGCGAGCGAGCGGACCAGGGCAACACCGUUGCGCUGA